CGACGAUCCAAGUACAGUCGACGAUCCAAGUGCCUGCGACGAUCCAAGUGCCGCACAGCCAACGAAUGCGACGCUGUUGCUGCGAGUUCUGUCCUCUGCCCCCAUCUCGCCAAUCGGGCGCUUGCAUCCAGCACCACCCAAGGCUCCCAACACCACCCAAGACAUCGCAGGAUCAAGCUCAACUAAUGGCCACCGGGCACGUACCCUCCAGCAGCGACAUCCGCACCGACGACGACAUCCGCACCAACGACGAUAUCCGCACCGACGACGAUACCGCCUAUCUCUAUGCCUUUGCCGACGACUCCAUCCCUCCCCUCAAAGUGCAUCAAGAUCCGAGCGGAUCAAAGUGGUCCGCCGGCAUCGGCGCAACCGUCUGGGACUCGGCUCUGGUCGCCGUGAACUAUUUCGAGCGACUAGCAUCCGAAGGUCGCCUGCCGCCCUGCCAUCGCAUCGUCGAGAUCGGCGCCGGCACUGGUCUGCUGGGUUUAGCCCUGGCCACCGUCAUCGCACACUCGCCGGCAUCGGCUCCUCUGGACGACUCGACUCGAUCGCAUCCUCCAUCGCAACGGCAGCUUGUGCUGACCGACAAAGCGGGCACAAUCCCGCUCCUGAACCACAACCUCACCCUUGCUCUGGCUCGAGACUCUGCUCUUGCCAAGGUCUUCCGCAUCUCGACCGAGGUUCUGGAAUGGAGCGAUCCCUCGGUCUCAGACGGGCCCGUCGCCCGGCUCGCCCCGGAUCUCGUUCUGAUCGCCGACUGCGUGCACUGGCCCGAGCUCUUUACCCCGCUGAUCGCCACCCUCGAAGCCAUUUCCAGCCACGAAACCCUCAUCGUCCUGGCCUACGAGCGCCGCAACUUUGAUGUCGAGGUCGAGUUCUUUGCCCAGCUGGGCAAAAAGUUCUCGUUCGCCCAUGUCCCAGAAGACAGCCAGGGCUACGACUACCGCUCCGAGGACAUCUAUCUCUUCACCUGUCGCAAGCGGAUCUGAGUGGCAUAUUCUACAUGCGGCCCAAGUGGCCCACCAUCACCAGAUUGCGCAGCGAACGACUUGUCUGACCCGACGGUCGACGUCGAGAAACCACAGAGCCAUCCAGAUG